AUACCAGGAAUGAGUAUUGGGAUGUGGAUCAACCAGAACAUUGGACCCUUUGCAGAAAGCUUAAGUGACCAGGACAUAAUCGAUUUAAAUCCAAACCUACAACAGUUGAAAGAUUUAGGCACUCUUCCUCCAGCAAAUAUUGCAGCCCUCACAUUUGACUCCAGCGUUGGCGCCCUGGACAGUGUUUGGGUCAUUAGUUACAUCUUCGAUGCGCUUCUGAACUUCACCAGUGAAGAAGAGCUUGAAGAAUACUUUGACAGUUUUGUUUAUUUCGCAUCCAAGAACAAUGUGACAGUCAUCGGAAACACUCAAGUGAGAGACACCAUGCUGAGUAAAACAAUGGAAGCUCUCCUCCACUCUUUGGUUUAUUCCAAUUCCUCUGACAUACAUGAAUGGUUUACAGUGAGGUUGUCCUUGCUUUUACCCAGUGUCAACUCUUAUGUACUUGGAUCUAUUCCAUUAAACAUCACUUGCGACAGUUACAAAGCAGUAAUUCAAGGGCUUGGUGACGUCUAUCAAUCAUUGACAGUGGAACAGCAAGAUGCCGUUUUUAAUUUCAGCAGUAAUUACUUACUUAUCUCCAGUGAAGGUUCCAGCUGUUCAGGCAGCGUCACCAGCAGUAGACAGUGUCUAACACAGAUGCUGGGCCCCUUCUAUACAAGUGCUUCAUAUCUGGAACUUUCCCAGCUCUGUGGAAAUUUUAGUGGGAUGGAAGUGCUGGAAUUGCUUACAUCAGCCCAGGUCGCCCAGUUCACCGUAGACCUUCUACUGGGAGACACGGACAGUAACAUGCUCUUCAGUUACAUCUCUGAAAUUACCAUGACCUCCUCGUUCCAAGAAAACAUUGAUGAAUUUUUCUACCAGUUUAAAACUUCUGCAUUGCAGCAAAACCUCACAGUCAUCAAGGACACAGAAGUGGCAACACUCAUGCUAAACAGAACCAUCACCAUCCUGAUUCCUUAUUUCCAAGACUUUACCUUCUUGGACUGGCAAGACUGGUUUCAAGUGAACCUGGCCCCAAUGCUAUCCGGUGUCAAUGUCGACAUUUUGUCAGCUCUACCGCAGAAUAUUUCUUGUGAAUCUUACCAAGCAAUAAUACAGGCUUUUGACAGCGUCUUUACAUCUCUGUCACUGGAACAGUCCAAAGCUGUGUUUAGCUUUGCGGAAGGCUACUUGCAGCAUGUUGUGCAAAAUGGCGUCGCUUGUGCCUUACCAGGGCAGGACAGUCUAGGCUGGCUUGUUGUGAAUUUUGGGCAAUUUUCCAUCUUUGCUCAGUACAGCGAUUUUGUCCUUUUAAAUUACAACUUUAAUUGGUUUGAAGUCCUACAGGUGCUAACUCCUGUGCAACUUGCUGACGUAACUGUCGUGUCAACAGCCCUGUCUAAUUCUACAGAAAUCCAGCUCAUCUUUAGCUACUUAGUUAAAGGAAAUGCAGUCGACAACUUUGCUCAAUACUUCUCAGAACUAAGCAUCAAGAACGUCACUGUCCAGAAUUCAGAUGUUGGAGGGUUCAUGAUUGAACAGGUCUAUCAAAUCGUCGGGACGUAUUUCUCCACAUUUAACAGCUCUGAAACAGUAGAAUGGUUCCAAGUGGUUCUUGUGCCAGUGCUGCCUUGGAUCAACCCUGAAAUGGUUGCGUCGGUAAUCUCUGACACCAGUUGUGCUGAAUACCAGGCAAUAUUGAGUGGGCUGGCUGGAGCUGCUGCCUAUAUGAGUCCUGAAACAAAGAGGGAAAUAGCAAAUGUCAUACUUAACUAUCUACAGGAACAAAGAAAUGCCUCAGAAUGCUUCAUACAAGGAAUGAGUAUUGGGGUGUGGAUCAACCAGAACAUUGGACCCUUUGCAGAAAGCUUAAGUGACCAGGACAUAAUCGAUUUAAAUCCAAACCUACAACAGUUGAAAGAUUUAGGCACUCUUCCUCCAGCAAAUAUUGCAGCCCUCACAUUUGACUCCAGCGUUGGCGCCCUGGACAGUGUUUGGGUCAUUAGUUACAUCUUUGAUGCGCUCCUGAACUUCACCAGUGAAGAAGAGCUUGAAGAAUACUUUGACAGUUUUGUUUAUUUCGCAUCCAAGAACAAUGUGACAGUCAUCGGAAACACUCAAGUGAGAGACACCAUGCUGAGUAAAACAAUGGAAGCUCUCCCCCACUCUUUGGUUUAUUCCAAUUCCUCUGACAUACAUGAAUGGUUUACAGUGAGGUUGUCCUUGCUUUUACCCAGUGUCAACUCUUAUGUACUUGGAUCUAUUCCAUUAAACAUCACUUGCGACAGUUACAAAGCAGUAAUUCAAGGGCUUAGUGACGUCUAUCAAUCAUUGACAGUGGAACAGCAAGAUGCCGUUUUUAGUUUCAGCAGUAAUUACUUACUUAUCUCCAGUGAAGGUUCCAGCUGUUCAGGCAGCGUCACCAGCAGUAGACAGUGUCUAACACAGAUGCUGGGCCCCUUCUAUACAAGUGCUUCAUAUCUGGAACUUUCCCAGCUCUGUGGAAAUUUUAGUGGGAUGGAAGUGCUGGAAUUGCUUACAACAGCCCAGGUCGCCCAGUUCACCGUAGACCUUCUACUGGGAGACACGGACAGUAACAUGCUCUUCAGUUACAUCUCUGAAAUUACCAUGACCUCCUCGUUCCAAGAAAACAUUGAUGAAUUUUUCUACCAGUUUAAAACUUCUGCAUUGCAGCAAAACCUCACAGUCAUCAAGGACACAGAAGUGGCAACACUCAUGCUAAACAGAACCAUCACCAUCCUGAUUCCUUAUUUCCAAGACUUUACCUUCUUGGACUGGCAAGUCUGGUUUCAAGUGAACCUGGCCCCACUGCUAUCCGGUGUCAAUGUCGACAUUUUGUCAGCUCUAUCGCAGAAUAUUUCCUGUGAAUCUUACCAAGCAAUAAUACAGGCUUUUGACAGCGUCUUUACAUCUCUGUCACUGGAACAGUCCAAAGCUGUGUUUAGCUUUGCGGAAGGCUACUUGCAGCAUGUUGUGCAAAAUGGCGUCGCUUGUGCCUUACCAGGGCAGGACAGUCUAGGCUGGCUUGUUGUGAAUUUUGGGCAAUUUUCCAUCUUUGCUCAGUACAGCGAUUUUGUCCUUUUAAAUUACAACUUUAAUUGGUUUGAAGUCCUACAGGUGCUAACUCCUGUGCAACUUGCUGACGUAACUGUCGUGUCAACAGCCCUGUCUAAUUCUACAGAAAUCCAGCUCAUCUUUAGCUACUUAGUUAAAGGAAAUGCAGUCGACAACUUUGCUCAAUACUUCUCAGAACUAAGCAUCAAGAACGUCACUGUCCAGAAUUCAGAUGUUGGAGGGUUCAUGAUUGAACAGGUCUAUCAAAUCGUCGGGACGUAUUUCUCCACAUUUAACAGCUCUGAAACAGUAGAAUGGUUCCAAGUGGUUCUUGUGCCAGUGCUGCCUUGGAUCAACCCUGAAAUGGUGGCGUCGGUAAUCUCUGACACCAGUUGUGCUGAAUACCAGGCAAUAUUGAGUGGGCUGGCUGGAGCUGCUGCCUAUAUGAGUCCUGAAACAAAGAGGGAAAUAGCAAAUGUCAUACUUAACUAUCUACAGGAACAAAGAAAUGCCUCAGAAUGCUUCAUACAAGGAAUGAGUAUUGGGGUGUGGAUCAACCAGAACAUUGGACCCUUUGCAGAAAGCUUAAGUGACCAGGACAUAAUCGAUUUAAAUCCAAACCUACAACAGUUGAAAGAUUUAGGCACUCUUCCUCCAGCAAAUAUUGCAGCCCUCACAUUUGACUCCAGCGUUGGCGCCCUGGACAGUGUUUGGGUCAUUAGUUACAUCUUUGAUGCGCUCCUGAACUUCACCAGUGAAGAAGAGCUGGAAGAAUACUUUGACAGUUUUGUUUAUUUCGCAUCCAAGAACAAUGUGACAGUCAUCGGAAACACUCAAGUGAGAGACACCAUGCUGAGUAAAACAAUGGAAGCUCUCCCCCACUCUUUGGUUUAUUCCAAUUCCUCUGACAUACAUGAAUGGUUUACAGUGAGGUUGUCCUUGCUUUUACCCAGUGUCAACUCUUAUGUACUUGGAUCUAUUCCAUUAAACAUCACUUGCGACAGUUACAAAGCAGUAAUUCAAGGGCUUAGUGACGUCUAUCAAUCAUUGACAGUGGAACAGCAAGAUGCCGUUUUUAAUUUCAGCAGUAAUUACUUACUUAUCUCCAGUGAAGGUUCCAGCUGUUCAGGCAGCGUCACCAGCAGUAGACAGUGUCUAACACAGAUGCUGGGCCCCUUCUAUACAAGUGCUUCAUAUCUGGAACUUUCCCAGCUCUGUGGAAAUUUUAGUGGGAUGGAAGUGCUGGAAUUGCUUACAACAGCCCAGGUCGCCCAGUUCACCGUAGACCUUCUACUGGGAGACACGGACAGUAACAUGCUCUUCAGUUACAUCUCUGAAAUUACCAUGACCUCCUCGUUCCAAGAAAACAUUGAUGAAUUUUUCUACCAGUUUAAAACUUCUGCAUUGCAGCAAAACCUCACAGUCAUCAAGGACACAGAAGUGGCAACACUCAUGCUAAACAGAACCAUCACCAUCCUGAUUCCUUAUUUCCAAGACUUUACCUUCUUGGACUGGCAAGUCUGGUUUCAAGUGAACCUGGCCCCACUGCUAUCCGGUGUCAAUGUCGACAUUUUGUCAGCUCUAUCGCAGAAUAUUUCCUGUGAAUCUUACCAAGCAAUAAUACAGGCUUUUGACAGCGUCUUUACAUCUCUGUCACUGGAACAGUCCAAAGCUGUGUUUAGCUUUGCGGAAGGCUACUUGCAGCAUGUUGUGCAAAAUGGCGUCGCUUGUGCCUUACCAGGGCAGGACAGUCUAGGCUGGCUUGUUGUGAAUUUUGGGCAAUUUUCCAUCUUUGCUCAGUACAGCGAUUUUGUCCUUUUAAAUUACAACUUUAAUUGGUUUGAAGUCCUACAGGUGCUAACUCCUGUGCAACUUGCUGACGUAACUGUCGUGUCAACAGCCCUGUCUAAUUCUACAGAAAUCCAGCUCAUCUUUAGCUACUUAGUUAAAGGAAAUGCAGUCGACAACUUUGCUCAAUACUUCUCAGAACUAAGCAUCAAGAACGUCACUGUCCAGAAUUCAGAUGUUGGAGGGUUCAUGAUUGAACAGGUCUAUCAAAUCGUCGGGACGUAUUUCUCCACAUUUAACAGCUCUGAAACAGUAGAAUGGUUCCAAGUGGUUCUUGUGCCAGUGCUGCCUUGGAUCAACCCUGAAAUGGUGGCGUCGGUAAUCUCUGACACCAGUUGUGCUGAAUACCAGGCAAUAUUGAGUGGGCUGGCUGGAGCUGCUGCCUAUAUGAGUCCUGAAACAAAGAGGGAAAUAGCAAAUGUCAUACUUAACUAUCUACAGGAACAAAGAAAUGCCUCAGAAUGCUUCAUACAAGGAAUGAGUAUUGGGGUGUGGAUCAACCAGAACAUUGGACCCUUUGCAGAAAGCUUAAGUGACCAGGACAUAAUCGAUUUAAAUCCAAACCUACAACAGUUGAAAGAUUUAGGCACUCUUCCUCCAGCAAAUAUUGCAGCCCUCACAUUUGACUCCAGCGUUGGCGCCCUGGACAGUGUUUGGGUCAUUAGUUACAUCUUUGAUGCGCUCCUGAACUUCACCAGUGAAGAAGAGCUUGAAGAAUACUUUGACAGUUUUGUUUAUUUCGCAUCCAAGAACAAUGUGACAGUCAUCGGAAACACUCAAGUGAGAGACACCAUGCUGAGUAAAACAAUGGAAGCUCUCCCCCACUCUUUGGUUUAUUCCAAUUCCUCUGACAUACAUGAAUGGUUUACAGUGAGGUUGUCCUUGCUUUUACCCAGUGUCAACUCUUAUGUACUUGGAUCUAUUCCAUUAAACAUCACUUGCGACAGUUACAAAGCAGUAAUUCAAGGGCUUAGUGACGUCUAUCAAUCAUUGACAGUGGAACAGCAAGAUGCCGUUUUUAAUUUCAGCAGUAAUUACUUACUUAUCUCCAGUGAAGGUUCCAGCUGUUCAGGCAGCGUCACCAGCAGUAGACAGUGUCUAACACAGAUGCUGGGCCCCUUCUAUACAAGUGCUUCAUAUCUGGAACUUUCCCAGCUCUGUGGAAAUUUUAGUGGGAUGGAAGUGCUGGAAUUGCUUACAACAGCCCAGGUCGCCCAGUUCACCGUAGACCUUCUACUGGGAGACACGGACAGUAACAUGCUCUUCAGUUACAUCUCUGAAAUUACCAUGACCUCCUCGUUCCAAGAAAACAUUGAUGAAUUUUUCUACCAGUUUAAAACUUCUGCAUUGCAGCAAAACCUCACAGUCAUCAAGGACACAGAAGUGGCAACACUCAUGCUAAACAGAACCAUCACCAUCCUGAUUCCUUAUUUCCAAGACUUUACCUUCUUGGACUGGCAAGUCUGGUUUCAAGUGAACCUGGCCCCACUGCUAUCCGGUGUCAAUGUCGACAUUUUGUCAGCUCUAUCGCAGAAUAUUUCCUGUGAAUCUUACCAAGCAAUAAUACAGGCUUUUGACAGCGUCUUUACAUCUCUGUCACUGGAACAGUCCAAAGCUGUGUUUAGCUUUGCGGAAGGCUACUUGCAGCAUGUUGUGCAAAAUGGCGUCGCUUGUGCCUUACCAGGGCAGGACAGUCUAGGCUGGCUUGUUGUGAAUUUUGGGCAAUUUUCCAUCUUUGCUCAGUACAGCGAUUUUGUCCUUUUAAAUUACAACUUUAAUUGGUUUGAAGUCCUACAGGUGCUAACUCCUGUGCAACUUGCUGACGUAACUGUCGUGUCAACAGCCCUGUCUAAUUCUACAGAAAUCCAGCUCAUCUUUAGCUACUUAGUUAAAGGAAAUGCAGUCGACAACUUUGCUCAAUACUUCUCAGAACUAAGCAUCAAGAACGUCACUGUCCAGAAUUCAGAUGUUGGAGGGUUCAUGAUUGAACAGGUCUAUCAAAUCGUCGGGACGUAUUUCUCCACAUUUAACAGCUCUGAAACAGUAGAAUGGUUCCAAGUGGUUCUUGUGCCAGUGCUGCCUUGGAUCAACCCUGAAAUGGUGGCGUCGGUAAUCUCUGACACCAGUUGUGCUGAAUACCAGGCAAUAUUGAGUGGGCUGGCUGGAGCUGCUGCCUAUAUGAGUCCUGAAACAAAGAGGGAAAUAGCAAAUGUCAUACUUAACUAUCUACAGGAACAAAGAAAUGCCUCAGAAUGCUUCAUACAAGGAAUGAGUAUUGGGGUGUGGAUCAACCAGAACAUUGGACCCUUUGCAGAAAGCUUAAGUGACCAGGACAUAAUCGAUUUAAAUCCAAACCUACAACAGUUGAAAGAUUUAGGCACUCUUCCUCCAGCAAAUAUUGCAGCCCUCACAUUUGACUCCAGCGUUGGCGCCCUGGACAGUGUUUGGGUCAUUAGUUACAUCUUCGAUGCGCUUCUGAACUUCACCAGUGAAGAAGAGCUUGAAGAAUACUUUGACAGUUUUGUUUAUUUCGCAUCCAAGAACAAUGUGACAGUCAUCGGAAACACUCAAGUGAGAGACACCAUGCUGAGUAAAACAAUGGAAGCUCUCCCCCACUCUUUGGUUUAUUCCAAUUCCUCUGACAUACAUGAAUGGUUUACAGUGAGGUUGUCCUUGCUUUUACCCAGUGUCAACUCUUAUGUACUUGGAUCUAUUCCAUUAAACAUCACUUGCGACAGUUACAAAGCAGUAAUUCAAGGGCUUAGUGACGUCUAUCAAUCAUUGACAGUGGAACAGCAAGAUGCCGUUUUUAAUUUCAGCAGUAAUUACUUACUUAUCUCCAGUGAAGGUUCCAGCUGUUCAGGCAGCGUCACCAGCAGUAGACAGUGUCUAACACAGAUGCUGGGCCCCUUCUAUACAAGUGCUUCAUAUCUGGAACUUUCCCAGCUCUGUGGAAAUUUUAGUGGGAUGGAAGUGCUGGAAUUGCUUACAACAGCCCAGGUCGCCCAGUUCACCGUAGACCUUCUACUGGGAGACACGGACAGUAACAUGCUCUUCAGUUACAUCUCUGAAAUUACCAUGACCUCCUCGUUCCAAGAAAACAUUGAUGAAUUUUUCUACCAGUUUAAAACUUCUGCAUUGCAGCAAAACCUCACAGUCAUCAAGGACACAGAAGUGGCAACACUCAUGCUAAACAGAACCAUCACCAUCCUGAUUCCUUAUUUCCAAGACUUUACCUUCUUGGACUGGCAAGACUGGUUUCAAGUGAACCUGGCCCCACUGCUAUCCGGUGUCAAUGUCGACAUUUUGUCAGCUCUAUCGCAGAAUAUUUCCUGUGAAUCUUACCAAGCAAUAAUACAGGCUUUUGACAGCGUCUUUACAUCUCUGUCACUGGAACAGUCCAAAGCUGUGUUUAGCUUUGCGGAAGGCUACUUGCAGCAUGUUGUGCAAAAUGGCGUCGCUUGUGCCUUACCAGGGCAGGACAGUCUAGGCUGGCUUGUUGUGAAUUUUGGGCAAUUUUCCAUCUUUGCUCAGUACAGCGAUUUUGUCCUUUUAAAUUACAACUUUAAUUGGUUUGAAGUCCUACAGGUGCUAACUCCUGUGCAACUUGCUGACGUAACUGUCGUGUCAACAGCCCUGUCUAAUUCUACAGAAAUCCAGCUCAUCUUUAGCUACUUAGUUAAAGGAAAUGCAGUCGACAACUUUGCUCAAUACUUCUCAGAACUAAGCAUCAAGAACGUCACUGUCCAGAAUUCAGAUGUUGGAGGGUUCAUGAUUGAACAGGUCUAUCAAAUCGUCGGGACGUAUUUCUCCACAUUUAACAGCUCUGAAACAGUAGAAUGGUUCCAAGUGGUUCUUGUGCCAGUGCUGCCUUGGAUCAACCCUGAAAUGGUUGCGUCGGUAAUCUCUGACACCAGUUGUGCUGAAUACCAGGCAAUAUUGAGUGGGCUGGCUGGAGCUGCUGCCUAUAUGAGUCCUGAAACAAAGAGGGAAAUAGCAAAUGUCAUACUUAACUAUCUACAGGAACAAAGAAAUGCCUCAGAAUGCUUCAUACAAGGAAUGAGUAUUGGGGUGUGGAUCAACCAGAACAUUGGACCCUUUGCAGAAAGCUUAAGUGACCAGGACAUAAUCGAUUUAAAUCCAAACCUACAACAGUUGAAAGAUUUAGGCACUCUUCCUCCAGCAAAUAUUGCAGCCCUCACAUUUGACUCCAGCGUUGGCGCCCUGGACAGUGUUUGGGUCAUUAGUUACAUCUUUGAUGCGCUCCUGAACUUCACCAGUGAAGAAGAGCUUGAAGAAUACUUUGACAGUUUUGUUUAUUUCGCAUCCAAGAACAAUGUGACAGUCAUCGGAAACACUCAAGUGAGAGACACCAUGCUGAGUAAAACAAUGGAAGCUCUCCUCCACUAUUUGGUUUAUUCCAAUUCCUCUGACAUACAUGAAUGGUUUACAGUGAGGUUGUCCUUGCUUUUACCCAGUGUCAACUCUUAUGUACUUGGAUCUAUUCCAUUAAACAUCACUUGCGACAGUUACAAAGCAGUAAUUCAAGGGCUUAGUGACGUCUAUCAAUCAUUGACAGUGGAACAGCAAGAUGCCGUUUUUAAUUUCAGCAGUAAUUACUUACUUAUCUCCAGUGAAGGUUCCAGCUGUUCAGGCAGCGUCACCAGCAGUAGACAGUGUCUAACACAGAUGCUGGGCCCCUUCUAUACAAGUGCUUCAUAUCUGGAACUUUCCCAGCUCUGUGGAAAUUUUAGUGGGAUGGAAGUGCUGGAAUUGCUUACAACAGCCCAGGUCGCCCAGUUCACCGUAGACCUUCUACUGGGAGACACGGACAGUAACAUGCUCUUCAGUUACAUCUCUGAAAUUACCAUGACCUCCUCGUUCCAAGAAAACAUUGAUGAAUUUUUCUACCAGUUUAAAACUUCUGCAUUGCAGCAAAACCUCACAGUCAUCAAGGACACAGAAGUGGCAACACUCAUGCUAAACAGAACCAUCACCAUCCUGAUUCCUUAUUUCCAAGACUUUACCUUCUUGGACUGGCAAGUCUGGUUUCAAGUGAACCUGGCCCCACUGCUAUCCGGUGUCAAUGUCGACAUUUUGUCAGCUCUAUCGCAGAAUAUUUCCUGUGAAUCUUACCAAGCAAUAAUACAGGCUUUUGACAGCGUCUUUACAUCUCUGUCACUGGAACAGUCCAAAGCUGUGUUUAGCUUUGCGGAAGGCUACUUGCAGCAUGUUGUGCAAAAUGGCGUCGCUUGUGCCUUACCAGGGCAGGACAGUCUAGGCUGGCUUGUUGUGAAUUUUGGGCAAUUUUCCAUCUUUGCUCAGUACAGCGAUUUUGUCCUUUUAAAUUACAACUUUAAUUGGUUUGAAGUCCUACAGGUGCUAACUCCUGUGCAACUUGCUGACGUAACUGUCGUGUCAACAGCCCUGUCUAAUUCUACAGAAAUCCAGCUCAUCUUUAGCUACUUAGUUAAAGGAAAUGCAGUCGACAACUUUGCUCAAUACUUCUCAGAACUAAGCAGUAAGAAUAUCAGUAUCACCAACUCUGCUGUGAGAGAAUUCAUGAUGUAUACGACAUUCAACAUCAUCAGCCUGCAUUUUCCAGAUUUUGGCCCCUCUGACUGGGAUCAGUGGUUUCAAGUUUAUCUUAUUCCAGUUCUUUCUAGCAUGAAUGCAACAAUGCUUACUAUUACAACCACAGGGAUUAGCUGCACAGACUAUCAAGCAAUUAUUCAGGGACUUAACAGAGUAUAUAACCAAAUGUCCGCAACUGAACAAGAUGAACUGACCCAAGUAUUGGUAGAGUAUUUAAAAGGAACAGCAGCUAAAGACAACGGCUCAGGGUCCUCUUGUGUGAGUCAGCCUUUAAACAACAGAGUUUGGCUUAUCAGAAAUUUUGGUAAUUUCAGCAUCUUCGCUUCAUACAUGGAUUUUACUGACCUGAAUAAUAAUUUCACUGCGUUUGAUGCUCUAGACCUCAUGACUGUGACACAGCUUGCUCAGUUUUCCGCAAUUCCUGGAGCUCUGAAGAGCUCUGAAGAUGUCAACAAUGUAAUGUCAUUCAUAAAUGUUUCCAGUUUUGGCCAAUUCUUUGAUGUCUUCUCUCCCGCUGUUCAGGCCUACAGUGAUUUUUCAAUGGUUAUAAAGACAGACUUGCUACAGGUGGUUCUCACUAAAGUCUUCAAUGCUCCCACACAACUAAAUAUGACAAAUUUUCUGUUGUGGAUCAAACAAAGGCUUUCACCAUUGCUACCUGCUCUAUCACAAAGCCAGGUGUCUCUUCUCUUUAAUCCAGCCUUCAACCUGUCUUAUCAGGCAUCCCAGGCACUCCAAAAAGUGCUUGGCUCCAUCAAUUAUAUGCUUAAUGUUACAGUACAAAGGGAAAUCUACAAGAACAUCUUGAUUUCACUAACAGUUCCAACACCUUUGUUUCGCUACAAAGGUGGCAACUUUCUUGUGUAUCUAAAUAACACUUUGGGCAAUUUCAAUACCUUCCUGACUUUGUCAGGUUUCUUUUCAAUUAUUCCACCAUCACAGUUGCCCCAGCUGAUGAACACUAUACCACCUGCUCAACUAAGUAUAUUUCUCAGUGUCCCAGGAGUAAUUGAUGACACAAGCCUGUUCCUCAAGAUGUUGAACUACACAAAUCUAGCAACAUUUAUUGAUAAUUUUAACAAUGCAACAUCACAGGCCAACUUACCGUACAAUAUCAAAACUGCUAUUCUGGCUGCUGCCUGGCCUACUGCCAUUCUCACAAACAAACAGAGGGACCUGAAUCUCUGGUUUGGGACAAGAUUAAACUCCUAUAUUGGAUUCCUUAAUUUGAACAUCUUAAACGCCACACUGAAUGCCACAUGCCCUGCAUUUAGUAAAAUAAUUUCACUUCUUGGGUCCAAAACGCUUGCCUAUCUUCAGCCAAGUGAUGUGUAUAAUAUGAUUAAAAAGUAUCUUACUCUAGGAACACUGCCCAAGUGCUUUGAUCCCACCAAUCCAUUACUGAACUCUACAGCUUGGUUUGCUAAUUACAUUGGGAACUUUAUUAUCUACACAAGCAAGAAUGAUUUGGAACUCUUUGCUUCUACUGAAACACUUAUGAACUUCACAACAAGUAAACAAAAUCUGAAACUCUUCAGUAACACAGCCAUACCAAAAGAUGUACUGGAAUUCUACAUUUCUCUGCUGUUUGCAGCAAGACCAAAUUUUAACCUAACAAAGCUACCAGAUGCUCUUCUUUGUUAUGCACCAAUUAAUAGUUUCCUGUCAUCAGUGAAUUUGAACAAUGUUGCAUUUUUGUCUGCAAAAUUCAUUGACAUCUGCAAUACUACACUGUUCACACAGUUUUUGUCAUCUAUGGCUGGAAACACUCCAAACAUCACUGCGGAUGUUAUCGCAUUUUUGGGGACGCAGAGCUCUGACCUAACUGUCACUCAAAUUUUACAAACAGACCCAAGUGUCAUACUUCAGUCAGUCAGCAUCUUGAGUCAAGUGCCUAACUGGAAUCAAGAGCAAGCCAAGGAAGUAAUUCAGAAACUACUUUCAAGUGGCUACCAGGUUAAUUCUGACAGACAACUGAUAGCACUUGGAACUUUAACACAAGGGCUAACAACAUCUGCAAUUCAGAAUAUUAACUCAGCAGCUGUCCUUGGUGCCAUACAAAAUACAACUUUUGUACAAAACCUGUUGCUCGCACCAGAGGUCCUUCAGCAGUUGUUUGUUAAUAAGAUCAUUGCUGCCAACCCAUCCCCAAAUGUAGUACUGCAAAAUGUUCCUGCUAAUUUGGCCAGCUUAAUCCCAGUUUCUUCACUGUUUUUUACUGGAAGCAACAUUGAUCUUCAAAGCCUCAAUCAGAAAAACUGGACACCUGAGCAGGCUGCCUUAUUUUAUUACAAUGUUAUGAUUAGCACCAAGAAUUAUCAGAGUCUUUCAUCUUUCGUACUACAAGGAUAUAGUGGAGCUUCAGUGAAAAAUCUUUCCUCUAAUGACAUCAUUGAAAUUAUUAAAGCAUAUAAAGGGAAAAAUGUAACCCUUGUAGAACAACAGCUGACCUCAAUGGCUUAUUACCUAAAUAAUCAAACAACACUCCAGAACUUUUCAAGUUAUCCUCCAGAAGUUCUUCUGUAUUAUCAAUAUUCUAAAAUCACUGAUACAAACUGUACUGCCUAUUUUAAACAAAUUGGAAAUGCAACUCUACUGGAAAGUACUGGUACACUAAAACAAGCAAAGAUUCUCUUGAAAUCAGCUAAACAAUGUCUGGGUAUAAAAAGCACUAACAUCAGUAGUGAAAAUCUAUCUGUGCUUAACAAUAUGGUUUGUACUUUAAAUGGAACUUACAUUGAAAACUCUGACUGUAGUAUCUUGGAGUACUUUAAAAACUGUAGUACGCUGACUCCAGACCAGGCUUCAUCCAUCCAAACUGUACUUUUGAAUGGCAACACAACAUACGGAAACCCUUCUAACUGGACAAUUCAGACACUGCUUAAUCUUGGAGAACUUCCCUUUUACUUUAACAGAAUUUUUUGGUCCAAAUUUAAAGUGGCAGAUAUUAUUACCUUUCUGGAAGUUUUUGUUCCCAAGAUAAAGUUAGCCGAAAUAAACAAAUCCACACUGACUAAUCUUUACAAGCAACUUAGCCCAACAAGACAACGGAGAGAUACAAGUUGCACUACUGGAAAUAUCACCACAGAUAUUAUCAAAAACUCCAACCUGGAAAUUCAGUAUGAUGUGUCUCAGUUCUGCCUGUGUUUAAGUCCACAAACUGUGAACGACAACUUGGCACUCCUGGUGGAAAAUAUUUAUCUUGAACCCAACCAACAAUGUAUCUUAGAUAAAUUAAAUGAGCAAUAUCCAUAUGAGAUUCCUGAAAUCCAACUUCAAAUGCUUGGACCCGUUUCUCGAUUGGCCACCUUGGAAGACAUUGACAAAUGGACUGUCACCCAGGUUGAUACCUUAACAGAAUUACUGAAUCCAAGUGAUGGCAGCUGGCCUCCUGAUAAGAGUGCACUUUUAAUUACAAAAUUCUUAAAUGCUGGAAAUACAUUUAAUUCUGCAACACUUAAAGCAAUUGGUGGUGAAAACUUGUGCUCUGUGGACAUCUCUGUCCUGGAAGCCAUUGAUGCUCAGGAGCUGAGGGAUGCAGUGCCAUUGAAUAUUUCUUCAUGUUCCUACGACAAGCAGCAAGUAUUGUAUAACAAGAUCUGUACUGCUUACAACCUCCAAACAAUUACUCCACUGCAGAGUUUCAUUGUUUUAAAAGACUAUUUGGGUGGCGCCCCACAAAAAGAUAUCUUGACCUUUGCUUCUGGGAACAUUAACAUGGAUAUAUCAACCUUUCUAACUUUGGAUACAAGCAUAAUAAAUCAACUCAGUGUGGCCAACGUUAACGGUCUGCUCGGCUACAACACUAAAGAUCUGGUGGCCAAUCAGAACAACCCAAAGAUCCAGGCAUGGAUGGAGAAUCAGCCGAGGGCCGCAAUCAACUCUCUUAACCUCGGACUGCAGGGCGAAUACACGAUCAACGCUCCCAGCGGUGUUAUGAAUUUUGUAGCUUCCAUACCAGAUCUUCUUACAGUGGGACAGGUGAAUCCAGGAAUUGAUGCCUUUAACCUUUACAACAUGAGGGGUAACCAGGCGGACUUGGUGCGGACCUCACCAGCAGGGUUGGUGCCAGUGCUUUCGCAGAAUAUCUCGGAUCAGAACCCAGUCGCCAAGGUGGAUUCUCUCAUCUGUAGCCUUGCUGGAGGUGGCCACUCCUCACGCCUUUCAGUGUCCUUUGGAGGCCUUCAGUCCUUUUCUUAUGCUAUGUUUCAUGCACACCACACACUUCUGACAGUACACUGCAGCAUAAAGCGAGAACUCUGGAGUCCUCUAAAAGCUCUCCACAUGUGA